GUUUGGAAAUGACAGCUCAGAGAUGACAGCUACACAACAUAAACAACAUAACGCCUCAGUGUCUGCGCGUGUGGUACGGACUGUAAUCCAGCCUGGCCGCCCGGUUUUUGGAGAGAAGAAGUUGGCAAAGGGAUGUGACUGCGAUGAUGGCGCUGCAGAUGAAGAACGGGGAUGCAGCGUACUACCAGAGUGCAGAAUUCUGCAGAAAUUACACUUCACCGCCUGUCAGCUACGGUGACAGCAGCCAUUAUCUUGCCCGAUUGCCAGGCCCAGAGAUCAUGUUGAAGCCUCCACUGAGUCUCUUCAGCCAUCCCCAGCAGCCUUUCCAACAUAUGGACUCUCUGCACCAGCUGAGACCCCCGCCAAUGGCGCCUACGCAGCCUCUCGGCCCACCACCCAUUGCCCCUGCUCAGACAAUUGGAUCCCCAACUAUGGCUCUUACCCAGACUCUAGGGCCCCCUCCCAUAACUGCUAGUCACACGUUAAGGCCUCCCCCCAUUACCCCACCACACAGUUUAGGCCCUCCUCCAAUGGCCCCAGCUCAGCCACUGGGGCCUCCACCAAUGGCACACACCUUGGGCCCCCCACCUGUAGAUCACACACAAGCAAUAGUGCCUCCAAACAUGGACCUCACACAACCAUUGGGGCCUCCACCUCUAAAUCCUGGACAAGCACUGGUGCCCCCACCAGUAGUUGCGCCCGGAGCUGGCCGAUUUCCCCUCCCUCCCAGCCCACUGUCCUCCCCUCCUACCCCGGGCCCAGACCCUUCACAGCUGCCCCCAAGGCCCCCAGGACUGGCCCUCAUCCCGGCCCCGGUGUCCUGCCUCAUCCAUGGUCCUCUCCUGGGUCAGGCAGCCCCUGCCAGUGAGCAACCCCAGGAUGAGGGCUCUCUUCUGGGGAUGGAGGAGCAGGAAGACUCUCUGGGGCUGGGAGAACUGUGUAAACCGCUGUACUGUAAACUCUGCAACGUUACCCUCAACUCUGCUCAGCAGGCACAGGCUCACUACCAGGGGAAGAACCACAGUAAAAAGUUAAGAAAUUUCUACGCUGGCAGUCAACAGCCUCCAGCCAUCAGGAUCCCAGAAGCCCUCGAGACGACUGGCCAGAUAGCCCUCAGCUCAGGAUCCAACGACAGUGACGCAGGCAGGCAGGCAUUGUACAAAGGGGCGACCCGGGUCAUCUUGGCCACAGAGAAUGACUAUUGUAAGCUGUGUGACGCCUCCUUCAGUUCACCGGCAGUGGCACAGGCCCACUACCAGGGCAAGAACCACGCCAAGAAACUACGGCUCGCUGAGGCCCAACAGAACUCCAUUAACAUGGAAUGCAGCAACGAGGUAGCCCCAAGAAGAAACAGGAAAGAUGGCAGUGAGUACAGACUGGUGAAAAAUCGCCGUAGCCCACAGUUACCCACUUCCAUGCCAGGGCCGUACUACAACCCCAGGCCGAGGCAGCGCAUCCCAAGGGACUUGGCCAUGUGCGUGACUCCCAGCGGACAGUUCUACUGCUCCAUGUGCAACUGCGGCGCCGAGCAGGAGACAGACUUCAGGCAGCAUCUGGAGAGCAAGCAGCACAAAGCAAAAGUGUCGGAGUUAAGAUACCGCCACGAGAUGGAGAACCUCGGCUACAGCUAAGAGACACAAGAGGGCGGGGGGCGGGAGAAAAGACAAAGACUAGAGUGGGACAGAAAAUGUGGAGAGGCAGCAUUGCACAACACGGCACAAGGGCAGCAAAGCAAAUACUGCCUCAUGUUUGAGGGGUAUUUUUAGUGAAGGGAUUAGCCGUUUUGGCCUCAAGAUCUUGUUGCAAUUUAUUUGCUAGAUGAAUCAAACACUUAAACCUCUUAUUUGACAUAAGGCUCUAUCAUAUUAAGCGAUAAUUGGAUUUGAUGGAUUUAUUUGGUCUGGGUAUUACACUUAAAAUUUAGCAUAUACAGUAUAUUGGAGCAUGCUGCAACAUAUAUGCAGAGAACAGGAACCGUAUGUUUGAGAAAAUGGUGGAUUAAAAAUUUGUAGACUGAA